AUGGCGGAGACACCCGAGGAGCUCAUCACCUCCCCCCAAUAUCUAGAUGGAGUCGCCUACCUCUAUGGCCACCCUCUGCUCAAUUCACUCUCUCCACCUCUACAUCAGACGGUAUACACCGCUCUGGGACUGAACUGGAACCAGAUCCCUCUUUCCAGCGUCUACGGUACAUCUUCGACUUAUCCACCCCCGUACACCCAGUCUCCUCCCAUCGACAAAUUCCUAUCUGCCAUCCGCUCGAAUCCCAAAUUUGUCGGCUCCUCAGUCACCAUGCCAUGGAAAGUAAGCAUCAUGUCGCAUCUGGACGACCUGACCGAAGAUACCACGCAAGUCGGAGCCUGCAAUACUAUCUUCCUACGCCAGAAACAGGAUGGCACCCGCUCCCUCGUUGGCACCAACACCGACUGCAUUGGAAUCCGGGAGGCUUUGCUGCAGAACUCGCCAUCCACGGACCUCUUCCAGAACAAACCUGCUCUGAUUGUCGGAGGGGGUGGAACCGCUCGCUCCGCUAUCUACGUGCUGCGUAAAUGGCUCCGCACAAGCAAGAUCUAUAUCGUGAAUCGGGAUCCGGCCGAAGUCAACGCCAUUCUGACCGAGGAUGCGCAGCGGAAUCCUAAUGCUGCGACAGUCGCGCCACUCGUCCAUGUUAUGGACCCUAUGGUGGCUGCAACGCUGGAGCCUCCUGUCGCUAUCGUCUCGGGUAUUCCCAAUUAUGCGCCUAAGACAUCUGAGGAGUUUCGAGCGCGUCAGGUGCUGCGGGCUUUUCUAGGGGAGGAGUCGUCUUCGCCUAAGGGUGUUAUCCUAGAAAUGUGUUACCAUCCGACGCCGUGGACGGAGAUUGCCCAGCUGGCUUCGACGGCUGGUUGGAAGGUGAUUCUGGGCUCGGAGGCGUUGAUCUGGCAGGGCUUGGAACAGGCACGUCUCUGGACGGGUCAGGACAUCGUUGCGGUGCCGGGCCUGGUGGAUAAGGUGAAGGAGGUGGUAUCAAAGGCGAUUGCAGAGAGGGCACCGUCUAGAUCAAACCUCUAA